AUGGCGCGACACAACCCACCGCUUCUUCAAACUCGAGCUCGCACUCGAAGAACUCCCGUGGUACAGGCCAAAGCCGCAAAAACGAUGGUCAAGAACCCCGUCGUUACGAACUUGUCGGCAACGGCAGCGUCGAAGGUCGUGAGGGGGGGAAGAUGGAUCCCGCUCCGCCAGAUCUUGCAGAGCCAGCCUAUAGCUAAGCGGCCCACAGGAGCGAUAGGCUAUGAAGAGUUGAGGAAAUGGUGGAUUGCGAGGGGCGAAAGGUUCGAUUUCCUCGCACUACCUGGCGAGUUGAGGAAUGAGGUUUAUCAGUACCUCGUUUGCACCUUCGUCUACCUGUACUUGUGCCGCGGGCGUAACACCCGGGAUAGGCUAACGGAAUGGGGAGGGAUCUUUUCGACUGGGCUGUUGGAGAGUGAAUAUGGCCCAACGGGAACCCACGUGCGAACGAAAUCCCGUGCCGGCAUUAGCGUCAGGCAAGGGGUGCUGAAUGGCGCCCAGGCGCUUGGUGGACUGCUAUUGAGUAGCAAGCAUAUGCACUAUGAAGUAAGCGGCUUGUUGUGGAAGGGAAUGGGGUUUCCCUUCCAAGAGCGUUGGUAUGGGGAUAUCAAGCUGGAGCGGUUCGCGUAG